CAAAAACUAAACAUUGAGCUCAGUAAAAUUUUGUUUUGCAUAUUAUAUAAAACCUUAUUACAAAAUAUUGAAAUUUCUUUACAAUAAAUACCUACAAUUUUUUUCUACUGAGAGUAUUUAUUUUUGAAAAAUAUUUAAUUGAAAAUUAAAUGUACUCAUUAUACAUAUUAAGUUUUCUUUAUCUGUGUCAUUUUGGUUUUACAAUAUCACUAACAACGGCUGAAUGUAAAAAAGAAAUGGAGUGCUUAUUGAAAAAUCCUUUUUGGCAAACUUUAAAAACACAUAAUGCUACUUCAGGUGUGAUAGAUGAAAAUCGUUUAUGUACAAUAACUAAAAUAAUAAAAACAGAUGAAACCGGUAAUAUUGUAAAUGACAAUAAUUUAAAAAAAAAAAUUAGACAAUUUUAUACCAUUGUGAGUAGCUUAUACAGUGAAUGGUUGAUUGUUAUUGUGGAAUUUUUAAGUAUUACUCUUACGCUCCAAAGUCGAGCAAAUAUUCAGUGGGAUGCUUUUGAAGUACUCACGGAGCUAAUUAACAGCUAUGAUUUAGUAUUUUCAUUGAUGGUAACGUCAUUAUCUUAUUUAAGCAUCAUGUACCAUAAUGGUGAUAACACAAAUUUAAUGGAAAAUAAUCAAGUCUCCAAAGCCAUCUUCAUUCUACGAACCCCCGAUAGUACACUAAAUAAUAUCAAUGGCAUUAUCACAAGGUUAAUCAAUGCACAAUAUCAUUUGGAAGAAUUUGUAGACAAAUAUUCUAGAAUGAAAGUAGAAAUAGAAAUACAAGAUGUCUUUAAAAUAAUAACAGAAACAAUUCAGGAAAUAAUCGAUGAUCAAAUACCUCCAUCAGAAAAGAUUGUUCUUCUAAAAACCCAAUUAGAAAAAAGUGAAAACAACUUUUUGCAAUUUUUUGAAGAAUUAGGAUUUGAAUACGACAAAAAAAGCGAAACUGUUUCUGUUAUUCGACCUGGUAUACUUGGCUGGUUAGAAAAAUUUUUCUUUGGAUUGAGUAAUUAUUUUUAAAUUCUAAUGAGACAAAAAUAAAUUUAUAAUGAUGUUGAACAAUUUGUACCUAAAAUAGAUAUUUUUAAAAAAGAUGUUUUUAAAUAAUUUACUAAAAACUGUGGAGAAAAAAUUCUGAUUAUAAACCUAAAACUAAUUAUGAAAAUAAAAAAUAUUUUAGACGAAUAUAAGUUAUUAUUAAAC